AACAAUUUACGUUCUGUGGGAGAUAUUCAUUUGUUGAAAAUGGAGGCGUGAUGAAGGAGCAUUUGUAGAAAAACCAGGAUUUUCAUGUUACCGAUAUUGGUGAACCCCAAAUGCAAACAUGGCUGGAAAUAAAAUUAAUACAAAAACCAAGGGAAAGGAGGAUAAAAACAAAGCAACCAAGAGCAUAGUUCAAAAUAAUGAAGAUAAUGAGGAUGUGGACUUCUCUUUACUCAGAAAACCAAUACUGACCAGUGUCACAGGAUUUGCCCAAGCAAGAAAAAUAUUUGAUUUAGCUACUGAAGAACUCAAAGAUUUAUUAACCAAUGAAUGUGAUUUAUUAUAUGAAUGUAAAGUGUGCAGAAAUAUAUUUAGAAGUGUGGCAAACUUUAUAUCUCAUAAACGCAUUUACUGCACAGAAAAAUUUAAUUCUUGUCUACAUGGACAUUUUUUCAAAACAACUUCAACCGUAAAAGAAAUAUUAAAAAUUAAAAAACUAGAAGAAAGUUACUUGGAAGUAAUGAAAAAUAAAAAUGGGACUGAGACUGUUGAUCCUGAUGAAGUAGACAACCGUAUACCCUUAACUAAAGACCUGACCACGAUUAUUGAAAAGAUGGCUAAGAAAAAGGAAGAAAAUGGGUGUAUAUCCGAAGAGCAAAAUGUAAUCUUACAAAAAAUUCCAAAUAGCUCUGUGGCUGUCUUUCAAAGCCUUGAUAAUAAUGAAGAAAAUCAAGAUAAAAUGAAGGCACAGGUAAAGGAGAUUGAUUCUCUUAUGUCUAAGGACAAAGCUAUUCUUCAAAAUGAUGGGAAAUUCAGUGUUCUAAGCUCUGUCCCAUCUGAGACAGAUAAUGUUAUACAAAUCAGUGAUGAUGAAGAUGACAACAGUGAUAAUUUAAAGUGCAAAAUUUGUAAUCAGAACUUCUCCACCCAAAAAACAUUGAAGUUCCAUAUGAAGUACAAACACCUGGAAAGCAGACUUGUCUACCCAUGCCCUGAUUGCCUUGAAAUAUUUUCCACUUCCUGGAGUGUAUACCGUCAUCUCUUCAAAGUCCACCGAAAGUCAGCUGCUCAAAUCCGAAGGCUAAGGGAAUCCAUACAAACUAAAGCUUUUAGAAUGAACAAUCCACCAGCAUUCUAUGAAAAACGUAAAAACAUUAUGAAAGCAGCACAGAAGAUUACUGAAGAAGAAAGACUUGAUCAAGAGAAUCAGGCAUGGAUGGACAACGUGGAGGGCGACGGCGACACGCCGCGCUGCUUCGGUUGCGGCCGCACGUUCGAGCGGCGCGCGGCGCUGGCUGCACACACGCACACGUGCCAGCCGCGAUCGCGCGCGCUCGCCGCCGCGCGCCGCCUGCCCGAGACCAAGAAGAUCGAGAUACAGAUCCGCAAGGACUACAAUAAGGGGCCCGCCGCCGUCAGCCUGCCCGUCAAGGCCGAUGCGGCUGCAGAAAAUAAGGCAAAUGAAGACACCUCAACAACUUCAAAGCCAUCAAAAGAUAGUGAAGAUAAGACCACUGAUAAACAACUUCCAAAUGAAGAAUUAGAAGAUGCUAUGGAUGUUAUGGAUGACGACGAAAAAUCUGAUGACACCGAUUCACCUGUAAAACCCAUGGAAGUGACUCCGCAAAUUUCCAAAAAGCCAACCAUCAAAUUACCUUUCGCACAACAAGCAGAAAAAAGUAAUUUAACAGCUUUCAGGCAGAAAAUUCAACCAGACAUAGAAGUUAACACAUUAACGUGCAAAAAAUGUGAUAUACAGCAUAAUUCUGUUCAAGAGCUGUAUGACCAUAUGGCCGGUCACUACAAAUGGAUGCGGUAUGCUUGUAAACUAUGUAAUUUUAAGACUUACUCAUUUGAAAAGCUUCCUGAACACGUGAAAGUGGUGCAUAAGCUGAAAGGCGAUAGCGAAUUUUAUUUCAGCACUGUUAAAGCUAUUGAUGGUAAUGAAGCAUUAGAAUUGAGUGAAGUAAUAGAGGAAUCAGAUGCUAACGAUGUCAGUCCAGACUCACGACGUCAAAGCAGAUGUUCUAGUGACUCGAGUCGCCUGUCCGACGACAGUUCCUCAAGCAGCACUCGCAUGGAAGCUGGAAGUAGGAAAAGAAAAAUGUUUCAUAUUAAAAACUCCGCAAAACGAAAGAAGGAGUCUUUGAACAAUGAUGAGGAUGAUGAUAAAGCAGAUCUUUCUUUAGACAAAGAUACAAAUUCGUUGGACAAUGACACAUCAUCGAUUUCAAAAACAUUCGAAGAAAAUUCAUCAGAUAUGGAUGAUCUUGAUGAUAAGUUAUCAAGAAGACAAUCAAUGGAACCGACUACAUCAGUGGCAUCGCGAAGACCAGUAAGGAAAAAAACUAAACCCAAAAAUGAAGACUUUGAAUAUGAUUUAUCAAAUUUGUUGAAAAUGGAAGCACAAGGUUAUAGAGAUGCCCAGUCCUCAGUGACCACAAAGACAAAUCAAGCCAAGAAAAAGCCUAAUCAACAAGAAAAUCAUAACUUUUAUGAUAUCAUCAACAGAGAUUGCUGUGGAGCACUGGCCACACUGUCCAAAAAAGCGGUAGAAGUAUCAAAGGCUCACAUGAAAAAUGUUAGCUUCAUAAAUGCUGCUCCUAAAGAAUCACGACCUUCAAAUAUAUUUGUGAGACCUAUGCUACCUAAAAGUAUGUCUAAAGGAGAAAAGAACUCCCCAAAAAAGGAAUUAGUUGAAGAAGCAAAAGAUAACUCUAGUCCACAAAAAGAAGACGAAUCCAAUAAAAAUGUUGAGAAGACAGUUUCAAAUUCUGAAAACGAAAAUGAAACAAGUGAGGAGAUAAAAGAGAAUCCAAGCAAAGAACAGGACCCAUCAAAACCCGUGACAGUAAGACAAACCAUUGCUACAAAUAUGAAUAUUCCGGCUGUAUUGCCUAUCAAAUUCCGGCGCCAAAGUUUAGAAUUUAUUAAGAAUCCUAUAAUAAAUAAAAAUAUUACGGAUUUCAAAAAAGCUGGAAUGAAGACUAAAAUUUUAGUAAUAAAGCCAAUUAACAGGUCUAAAGAUGGACAUCCACCAACAAACACCCCUCUGAAGUUCCAGACUAUAAAAUUAAAAGAUCCUUCAAAGAGUUCAUCGUCGUCAAAUGACGAAAAGUCUUCUGAUCAAGUGGUAGUAGUAAAGGUUCCUAAAGUUGAUGCCAUUGCUAGAACUGUUGCCGAUUCUAAUGCCAUUAAUACUGAAAAGACAAAAUGUUUAGCAAAUAAUGUAAAUUCAGUAAAUAAUAACGUUAGUGACGAUAAAACUAACAUCGAAAGUGACUCAGUGAAAGUUGAAGAAACUUUAAAAAGUGAUACUAGUGAUAAUUUACCUGAUUCUGAGGAAUCCAAACUGGUUAGUGCAGAUAAAGAGCUUAAAACGGAUACUGACAUUCCGGAAAAUAUUUCUGAUGGCUCAUAACAAGUGCGUUAAAAUAUUCUAACUUUUAUAAGAAUGAUGUGUGCAAAAGUACUAUAUGAUGAUAAUUCUUAUCCCAAUACUUAUAUGCUACUUUUGCCACUGCUCAACCUCAUUUUAAUGAUGGUAUUUACGCCUCGCUGCCUAGUUCCAUUUAGGCACUUUCGUUAAAACACUAUUUACUGUAUUAAAAUUGUACUCACUUCUUUAUUAUUUCGAAGGUUACUAUAAAGUAAUCGUUAAAGUCAUCUUCAGUAGGUAUUUUAUAAGUUGUGGACAUGAGUUGAAUUCUCUGAACAAUUUAGGGACUAGCAAUGUACUUUUCUGUUUGUCAAUUUCAUCUCGUUUUACUUAGAAAGGUCUAUUAAUUUUAUAUUUGGAAAUUAGUCAUUUUCUUUAGUUCAAUUGCAUUUUAUUUUCCAACUUGUUUUUCAAAAUGUAAUAUUGAUUCUAGAUAAGCUAGUUAGGAGAUACUGAAAUUAAAUACCUAUGUAUUAUUCUUGAA